AAUUGAAAAAAUUCUAGUUCAAACUUAACUUGAGAUCAGCAUAUCAUCAACAUUGUUUUAUUUGAACGAUUGUGUUUGGCUCGCUAAUGAUUCUUUUGUAUUUGAACGAUUUUUUUUUUUUUUGUUUCUCUUCAAUUAUUCGUUAUCACAAUUUUUUUCCUUCUCUUGUGGUGAGUACAUGUUAAUUAGUGCCAACACAAUCUCAAAUCCAGGCCCAAACUUGUACGAGGCCUCUAAAAUGCGGCAGGCUCAGCCCAAUUUCAGGAUCUUGCCACUGUAACGGAGACAUACAUUCGAGCAUACGAUCGUCAUACCAAAUUCAACACAAAGUAGAAUGAUAUCCCUUUCCUCGUACAAGGCACAUGAUUUGUAUGUUUUAUGAUCGUUGCAACAUCCUAGUUUGAGAGUGCAGCUGAAUAUAUCCAUAUUUGUGCAUGCACAUUGGAAUGGCUGAUGGGUUGUCAAGUUUCUGGGGUCCCGUGACAUCAACUAUUGAGUGCUGUGAGGAGAAUUAUGCCUACUCCUCUUAUAUUGCAGAGUUUUACAACACCAUAUCAAAUAUUCCAACUGUUCUUUUGGCUCUUAUUGGUCUUAUAAAUGCCUUGAGACAACGAUUUGAGAAGAGAUUCAGUGUUCUUCAUUUAUCUAACAUGAUACUUGCUAUUGGAAGCAUGUUAUACCAUGCCACAUUGCAACUUGUGCAACAACAGAGUGAUGAAACACCUAUGGUCUGGGAGGUUCUCUUAUACAUGUAUAUCCUGUAUUCACCAGAUUGGCACUAUCGCAGUACAAUGCCCACCUUCCUUUUCCUCUAUGGUGCUCUUUUUGCAGUUGUCCACUCGGUGUUCCGGUUUGGCAUUGGCUUCAAGGCGCAUCAUGUGAUCCUCUGCCUUCUCUGCAUCCCUCGGAUGUACAAGUACUACAUUUAUACGCAGGACAUGGCUGCCAAGCGGCUGGCAAAGCUUUAUGUGGUUAGUAUUUUCCUUGGUAGCAUGUGCUGGCUUGUUGACCGUGUUUUCUGUGAAGAGAUAUCCCGCUGGCCUAUCAAUCCACAGGGUCAUGCCUUGUGGCAUGUCUUCAUGGGGUUUAAAUCUUAUUUUGCGAACACAUUCUUGAUGUUUUGCCGGGCACAGCAACGAGGAUGGGCUCCAAAGAUUGACUACUUUAUGGGGAUUUUGCCUUAUGUUAAGAUUGAGAAACCAAAAUCCCAGUAACAGAAAGCAAAGACAAGUGUAGUUUCUGCUGUCAUUUAGAGGUACCCAAGACUUUUCGCAGGCAAAGUAGCAAACUGACUCUGAAAUUUUGCUGAUGAGGAUGGAUCCAACGGAUGAUUAAAUAUUGAAAUUUAACUAGAAUGUCAACAAAGUUUUCGUUGUGAAAGUAGACUUGUACCAUGUAAUAGUUAGGUUUUUCCGGUUUUAGAAAGUAUCAGUGCUACAAUUAAUUUGUUCAAUUAUUAAACUUUAGGUAGAAUCAUCAUGAAUUUUGAGUUUGCAAAGUUGUGUUAUUGAGUAGAUAAUUUAAUUGUCUGAUUGCAGGCAUCUUGUUCCAA